AUGGAAAAUCACCUCAAGCCUUCUGUGCUCUUCCAGGUCUCCUGUCUGUUUGUCCUUACACAGCUGCUUAGCUGGGUGACCACAGUGGAGUUCAGGGUCUUCGGUCCCUCAGAUCCCAUUGUGGCUGCACCAGGUAGGGAAGCCAUCCUUCCCUGCUCCGUGAUUCCAGCCAUGAACCUGGAGAACAUGGAGGAGCUGAGGUGGUUCCGCAGCAGGUUCUCAGAAGCAGUACUUGUCUAUCGGGACCAAGAGGAGCAGAAAAGAGAGCAGAUGCCUGAUUAUACCUGGCGGACCUCUCUGGUGAAGGAUCAGUUCCAUCAAGGCAAGGCUGCUGUGAGGCUCCAAAAUGUCCAGGCAUCAGAUAGUGGGAUGUACAUCUGCCACUUCAAACAGGGAGUGUUCUAUGAAGAGGCCAUCUUGGAACUGAAGGUGGCAGCAAUAGACUCAGUUCCUGAAGUGUACAUCAAGGGUCCGGAAGAUGGUGGAGUGUGUGUUGUGUGCAUGACCUCAGGGUGGUACCCGGAACCUCAGGUGCAUUGGAGAGAUUCCAGAGGAAAGAAUCUCACAGCAUCCUCGGAGAUCCAUCUUAAAGAUGCUCAAGGACUGUUCAGCACAGAGACCUCGCUGGUGGUGAGAGAUAGCUCUGUGAGGAACGUGACCUGCUCCACCUUCAAUACUGUCUUGGGUCAGGAGAAAGUCAUGGCCAUGUUCCUCCCAGAGCCCUUCUUCCCCAAGGCCUCUCCCUGGAAACCAGCUUUUAUUGUGACCCUGACCAUGAUGGGACUCCUAGUCUUAGGGACAAGCUAUCUUCUCAGAAGGGAACGUUCUGCAAGGCUGCUCUGGCAGAAGAUAACAGGGGUUAAUCAGAGUGAGAAGGAUGAGUUACAGAAGACAAAAGAGGAUGCCCUGAGGACUGCUGGUGCACUCUGGGAGGAGCUCGCUCGAAGGAAAGCAGCUUACAUGGCAGCCUGGAGGAAGGCCCAGCUCUAUGCAGGGACUUUCACUCUGAAUCCAGCCUCUGCCCACCACAACCUUGCCAUCACCCAGGACAGGCUGAGUGUGACCCUGAAGGAUUCCACUGGCUGCUUGCAGAACUUCUCCAGUGUGUUAGGCAUUAGAGGCAUCUCUUGUGGAAGACAUUACUGGGAGGUGAAGCUAAAAAACAGAGAAGGCAGCGAAUGGAUUCUGGGGGUCUGUAGGGAAGGUGUGGACAGGAAAGACCUUUUUUUUGAGACCCCAGAAAAGGGGUUUUGGACUGUGGGGAGGUCUAGUAGUGGAUACUGGGCCUAUGUUGACUCUGGGAGGGUUUCAUUAUCCCUCAGGAAAGCUGUGCAGGGUGUGGCGGUGUUUGUGGACUACACUGCACGUGACAUCUCCUUCUAUAACAUGAGUGACAUGUCCCGCAUGUGGUCCUUCAAAGAGGCUUCUCUCUCUGGGACUCUUUUUCCAUACUUCAGGCUUAGGUCUGGAAACGUUUCAAUGAUUAUCAGCUCCAUGGCAUGUGUGUCUGAGGGGAGGGAGGGAGANCAGGAGGAGGAAGGGGAGGAACAAGGGGAGGGCAAAGAGGGGGAAGAAUCNUCAUUCCUCCAGCUGACCAUGAACUCUCUGUUCCCAUAG